UGCUUUUCUACCAUUUCUUUGAUUCAUUAAUUACACGUAUACAUCUCUAAAAGCUUGCCCUGACAAGUCGAUCUAAAAUGGCGAGUGAUCGAACCUGGUCAACCGGCGUCUUUGACUGUUGCUCUGACUGGCAUAGCUGUUGUUUGACAUGCUGGUGUCCAUGCGUUGCUUUUGGCCGCAUCUCGGAGAUUCUAGAUAAAGGAUCAUCCAAUUGUUGCGUAAAUGGGACGCUUUAUACACUGCUCGGUAUUUUUCAUGUUUCUUCUCCUUUUCGACCCUUCUAUUCAUGCUGUUAUCGUGCAAAACUGAGAGAGCAAUACUUGUCGGGGGAGAAUCAUUGUAAUGACUUUUGGAUUCAUUGCUUCUGCCAUGGUUGUGCCUUAUGCCAAGAGUAUCGUGAGCUCCAAAAUCGCGGUUUCGACAUGUCUGCUGGAUGGAGAGGGAAUCCGCACAUGCACAAUAAAGCAGUGUCGAUGGCUCCAGUUGUGGAAGGAGAGAUGAAGCGUUAGUAUGCUGGAAGAUUUGCUUUGUGUGUUGUGUUCUGCACGGUCCAUGUUUGACAAGUUGAGGUGACAAGUUUUUAGUGAUAAAUAAAAAAAAAUUAAAGUCAAUAGUAAAUUUAUAUUAGAAUCAAUAAAAGCUUAUGGA